UGCAAAAAGAGCGAGGUAGACAUAAAACCCCUCUGUAUUAUUUUUUUUUUAGCUGUCUCACUUCCUCUCUACUUUCCCAACCUCUCACCUCUUUCUUUGCCUGGCAAUGCGUUUUUCGCCUCGGUGAUCGCGCAAUGAUGCGCCUUUAUUCUGCCUUGAAUCAUCUAACCUCCGCUCCUCUUUAUCUCGCCCGUCGGAAAUUUUCCCAGUUAUCCCUUCGGGCGAAGGAAGCUUCGCCUAUUAAUGAAAACAGCCUCGCGAAAACCCUCCAGGCCCAUCGAUAUGCAAAUCGACGCAAACUCAUACGUUGGGUGGGACGUCCAAUAACCGCCAAAGAGCCUCCACAGAAGACAUCUACAGACCAAUACAAGACGCCGCCCGCUGCGAAGGAAGCUUUAUCUAUUAAUGAAAUCAGUAGCCGGACGACGUCUGAAGUUCCUCAAUCUACAGACCAAUCCAAUGUCCAAAUCCGCUGGGUUUUCUCAGGGGCUUCCAGUGGAACUAUUCGCAAAGCCCAUCGAUUGAAGGCGCUCGACGUCCGUCGAUCUGUACACCGGCGCCAAAUUGUACGCCAGGUGUUCGAUUCAUACGCGAUAGAAGAAGAGGCCCUCUCUACCCCUCUUCCAGGAAAUACUACCAGAAAUGAACUACAUAAUCGGCUAUCGGGGUCAAAUACAUCACAGCCCAACUCUAAUGGGGUGCUCCUUGGCAAUACGGAGGACCUUGCCACUGAUGAGGACCGGUUUAUUGAUGAGCUUAAAGGCCUUGUCGGAGACAAGAAAAUCAAGGAAAGAAGCAAACACGAUAAUGUCAACCGUCCCAAGCUCAAUAAGCCUCUCGAUCAAACCCUUUCCCACAAUGAACGGCCUUUUCCAGAACAGGCUUCUCCAUGGCACUUGCUUUCAUGGAAUGUUAAUAAAUGGUUGGGCGAGUCAGAUGAAACCCCAUGGUUAGUUCAUUUGAACCCGCGCAAGGACUUCUCAAGUGGUGUUUCGCAACUAAAUGCGGAGAUUCUCGCUCUGGAGAGGCACCUGUCCCCAACUCUUGCAGAGCAAAGAACAAUACAACAAGUGACCUCGGAUGUAAACAAGGUUCUAGCGAAAGUUUCUCAUGCUCCACAGCUGAUGGGAUCUUGGCGCACGGGGUUCGCAAUGAGCCACUCUGAUCUCAAUUUUCUGCUCCCUGUCCAGGAUCCAUUACGCUCAGUUAGUAGCAUCCGAAGCCCCAGCCCGGCUCGCCCGCAGAUGCUCCGACUCCACCGCGAAGUGCUAGAAAAGGUCGAAACUGCCCUCCGCAAAAGCCCCAAGUAUAGCCUGGAGCUGGAACGAACUUCAUCUCAGGGCCUAGCAGCCAUCCACGAGCCAACAGGUCUCCGGAUCCAAUUCCAAUGUGGCGAAGGAAUCCCUGCGUCCGUUGAGUACAUUAGGGACUACCACGCAGAGUAUCCGAUUCUUCGGUCUCUCUACAUGACCACGCGCUUGAUCCUAGAGACCAAAAAGUUAUUUGGCAGUGAUUCCGAAUCCAUCAGGAGUGAGACCCUGAUUAUGGUUCUUGCCGCCUUCCUCAAGAUGAACCAUGGCCGCUUCCGGCGCGAAGACAGCUGCGCACAAGCUCUACUCGCCUUUCUCCGGUCUCUCGGUCUUGAGAUCAACCUGGCCUCGACCGGAAUUGCAGUCGACCCCCCAGGUCUUUUCAAUGCGGGUUCCCUUAAAGCAGCAAGCCGAAUAUACAAAAGCGAGAACGAGGAUCUUCCCGCCCAUCUGCGCGGUCAGUAUGCCCUCCUCAAGACGAAAAGGGGCACGGCUGCGAGAAAACCAGCGGCCGCGUCUCAACUCUGCGUCCAGGAUCCAGCCAACUACAUGAACGAUCUCGGGCGUUCCUGUAAACGAACCCCCGAGAUUCAAGCUGGUUUUGCAAAAGCAUAUAAAUCGCUCCAGGAGGCUUUGAGCCUGUGGGAAGAACCAGAGCCGCAGGCCACACGCAAGAGCAUUCUGAAUAAUGUUCUUCAUGCGAACUUCCAUGCCUUUCAUCUCCGACGGCGCUUGCUCGGCAAUCCGAUGUAAUAUAUAUAUAUAUAUAUGUACAAUAACAAUAAAAUAUAGAAUCCGCACUAUACCCU